AUGUCCUACCUGGAGCUGAAGGGCCUCCUCGGCGGCCUGGUGCACAUCGACGAGGGCUCGGGCACCGCGGGCGCGCUGCGCGCUGCCCUGGCGGCGGUGGACGAGGACGGGAACAGGGAGCUGUCCUUCCCAGAGUUCCUGAGGCUCAUGAAGAAGCUCCAAGCCGACAAUUGGAACGGCAUCAACAGUGUCGGCAAGGAGAGCCGAAGGCGUGCAGAGUCGCUCGCACAGUGCCUUGAGGAGGCCCAGAACGAGUCCAGCCCGAUGGCGAGGAGAAGAGUCUCGGUGAAGGAUUGGAACGCGUUCGUCGACGCCCGCGUCCACCACUAG